AUGUCAGCGACGUCUUCCCGGCCCAAGACUAAGAUUUUGCAAUCACAACCUCCUAGUGACGCCGCAGGGCUUGCAGAACUGGAAAACCGACCGCCUCGGUUACCCGACGGGCCUCAAGAAAACGAACCAGUCGCAAAGUCACUGACCACAAAAGAAAGAAAAUCCCCGGAGACCAGCAAGGCUCGUGCCAUUGCUGCGAAGAGGGUAGAGCAACUUCUCAAAUUGCACUAUCUCCGAACACGUGAUGAACAGACCUGCAUCGACAUUCUAUUCCACGACGAGAUAACGCCAGACUUCGGUGAUCAAGUAUUGAAUUGCGAUCUGUCUGGAAUGACACAUAUGACCGAGGAAGAGUUCCAGAGACUUAUGUCAACGCUCAAGUUUCAUGAUGUCCUGCAAUACGUUGAACUCCCCGGACUGAGAAUCGGAACACCAUCCACCACUGACCUUGAUGGUGUCAAUGAGAAUGAACAGAAAGGACGCAAAAAUCUGGCGUGGGUUUUCGAGAAACUUAGAUCCAAUGGUGUCCAAAAAGUGCUGAGGGUGUCAGUCGAUGACACAUUGCUUCCCCCACACAGCGAUGAGGUCAUCGAAGACUCCCUGAAGCCCAUGGAGGUAGAAAUUUGGGACUGGAAGAAGAUUGAUCUCUGCUCAGAAGUUAUCUUCAACGCUGCACCUAUGGUUCGAGAGGUGUACCUCUACUGCAGUGGGAACAAUGCAAUUCUCCGGAGCUGGAGUGACGAGGGUGGCCUCAAACGUCUCAGUCAUCUCAAGAGAGUUUAUGUCGACGUGAAAAUGGAGUUCCGGAAACUGCUCAUCGAUGCAGAGAACAACUACGAUACUGGAACCACUAAGAAAGUCUGGGAGAUGAUUGAGACUCCGAUCAAGGUUGCGCUGAUUGAUGACGGCGUUGAUAUUAUGAAGUUGGAUCUCACUCCCGCCCAGUGCCUCGGCGGUCGGACGUUUUGCCCAAGGAGUGGACCGCAUGAUAUGUGUAAGAACCAUCCACACUACAUAUCAAGCGCUGGGCAUGGAACCAUUAUGGCAGAGGCCAUUCUCGAGGUCUGCCCAAGAGCCAGCCUGUUGGUCCUCAAGCUCGAAGAUCUGCCUUCGAAGAAUGGCAACCGAGAAAUCACUACUCAAAGUGCAGUCAAGGCCAUUAAAAAGGCUGUUCAGAAACGCGUCGACAUAAUCUCAAUGUCAUGGACCAUCGACGUUGAUGAAAGUGACCCAGCGAAGAAUGAUCUUGAAGAGGCCAUCACUUCGGCGAGCAAGUUGGGGAUCCUCAUGUUCUGCUCGGCCAAGGACAACGGGGCAGACAAUCGGCAAACCUACCCUGCCAAGGCGGCGAGCGAAAAAAUCUUCAAGAUUGGUGCGGCCCUAGAAUCUGGCGUGGCUGAUGAAUGGGUUGGCGACCUACGUCUUCUGGAUUUCACUUUCCCCGGCAGCAAGAAGGAGUAUAAUGGGAUGACAAUCUUCGGCUCAUCCAUUGCCACGGCCUAUGCCGCCGGGCUGGUCGCUCUCAUUCUCUACUGCGUCCAGGUGCGUCUGUUCUUGGCCACAUCUGAGGCGGAUAAGAUGCAGGCUAGGAAGGACUUUGAGGCACUCAAAAAGCACGAGAACAUGUCUAAUGUGCUAGGUGAUACCAUCGGCACUACUCCUAUGAGCCAGCACAAGUUUGUCAUGGUUUGGAACAUGUUUUUGCCUGCAGUACAGAACAGGGAUGGGAAGCCCGAUAAGUUGCUGCAGUUGAUUGCGGAAGUGGGGAGGAAGCUGUGUGCGAGGGUUGAGUGA